CAAAAUUCUCCUAUGUUAGAUGGUCCUCCCAUCAUUGGGUGACCAGUUGAGGUUUUCUAGUCGCGCUGCAUGCCAAGGGAAGCAGACUCCACGACUAUCAACAGAUUAAUAUUGCUGCAAUUUUUCUUGAAUUUAUGCAAGAUUUCGGGUUUUCGGGAAUGAGAAAAGCCAUCUUUCCAUCAUUUUCUUCACCUUUUUGCAGCUUAGGAAACAAUGACGUUCCAAUGCCAAUUUCCAAUGUUUCUACCAUGGAGCUUGAAAGAUUGAACAGCUACAACAACAGCGGUUUAUUCCUUGAACCUCAGGUCUCCAACGACCUCCAGCUUGGAAGCUUUACUCCACUUUCCACAAUAGAGAUUUCUCAAGCCUUUGAUUAUCAAUCAGGUGCAGGUGCAGGUGGUCUGGUAACUUCAAUGCAUGAGAAUACUUCACUUCCCAAAUUGCCCUGCCGAAUUUCCUUCCACGAAGACGCCAUUCAAAAUGCCAAAAAACGGACGGUCAUGGAUGAUUUGAUGAAUAAGGAAAUUGCCAUGAAAGAAUCCAAGAAAAGGAAGGCCAUAUACACAGAAGAAUUCCAUCAUCAGACGUCCGAUGAAUCAUCGUCCACCCAUCAGCUGAAAGCGCCGGCGAGAAGGAGCAAUAAGCUAGGAGAUAGAGUCACAGCUCUUCAGCAGCUGGUCUCGCCCUUCGGGAAGACCGACACUGCUUCAGUUCUUCAAGAGGCCACUGUUCAUAUCAAGCUUCUUCAAGAUCAGAUUCAGGUGCUGAGUACCCCUUACUUCAGAAUCAGACCGCCACAUCAUCCACGGGUGGAGGGAGAAGAGAAGACCGAUCUACGGAGCCGAGGGCUUUGCCUUGUUCCAGUGUCAUCGACCGUAAACCUUGCAAAAGAAGACAUUGGCAUCAACCGUAGCAAUCCGACCGGCCGAACCGUUUUUCCCCGGUUCUAGAACCGCCAAGCUAAUUCAAAAGAAAUUAUAAACCACCAUCGAAAUUCAUCAUAUGCAUUUGAAGAUUUUUGGUUCUUCAUCAUCAAUGCCUCCCUCAUUUUAUAGAUACAUUGACAAAAUCAGCCCAUUAAUUAUUAUAGCCAUAGAUAAUUAAUAAAAGCAUUGUAGUGGCCUUUUAAAUUAAUGGGGGUUAGGUAUUUUCUUUCUUGUUACAGGAAUUCUAGGUUUAAAAUUUCUUCUUCCUUUUCCUUCCAUACAACCUUUCUUUUUUAUGUUCUCUCUCCUCUUUUAUAACAUACUCUUACCUUCAAGGGUUUGUUUUAGUCAGAUUCUAUUUUUAUUAAUUGUGUUAUUUUCAUGGGUUAUUCUAACAUCUGACCUACUCAUCAUGUGGGCUCCACUUUGUAAAUUCUCUAGGCAAGAAAUUCUAGUUUGGUGGACCACAUGUACAAAAAGAAGUGGAUUGAUAUAAAAUAUUUUGCGUGGAAGGUAUGCGUUUUAUAUAAUCGUGUGGUCCAAGAACGGAGCGGAUUGGUUUUCUUCUUUUUAAUCCUAGUGAAUCUAGGUAGGGCCCACUGGAUGAGUGGCUUG